CGAAAAGUUCGUCUGGGUGAAUACGCAACGAUCUAUUAUUCACCAUGCUGCCCAAUCCCUGAAAACUGCCUCUCCAGCGCCCACAACGGCGACUAGGCUCUACAGUUACGCCGCCCUUCCGACGCGAUCGCCCUUUCACUUCCUCCUCUGCUGCCCUUUGCGAACGAGGGACUUAGCACUCCACCACUGGCGUCAUGGUCCGCAACAUUGUUGUCCUCGGCGGGAGCUCGCACCCACAGCUGACUGAGACUAUCUGUAACCACCUCGGCAUCCCGCCCGCAAAGGUACUCCUUGGCAAGUUCAAGGUCGGCGAGACCAGGGUGGAAAUCGAGGAGAGUGUGCGUGGCAAGGAUGUCUUUAUCAUCCAGUCUGGCGGAGGUUCAGUGAACGACCACCUCAUGGAACUUCUCAUCACCAUUUCUGCCUGCCAGACAGCCUCGGCCAAGCGCAUCACCGCCGUUCUGCCGCUGUUCCCGUACUCGAGACAGUCGGACAUUCCCUACAACAAGACCGGCGCACCGCUUGCGAGGGUCCCGGGCACGCGGUCGAGGACAGGCACAUACAGCUUCGAGUCGCGCCCGCAGACACCGCACCCAGGCCAGCCCGAGAGCGCAGGCCUGGGCGCCAACGGCAACGGCUCCGCGACUCUGCACCACCAGCUCAGUCGCAUGAAGCUGGAACAGCAGCCCAACGGCUCGUCGAACCCUUCGAGCCCCGUGAAGUCCAAUGGCCUUCGCCGCAGCGAAACAGUCGACUCGGGCAAGUCGGAGGCCUCGGUGCACUUCAACGGCGCAAACGGCACAAACGGCGUUGUCGCAAAGCCGACCACCAAGCCGCCAGCUUUCGAGCCCCAGGUUGGAUACCGCCAGUGGGUUGCACAGGCUGGAACAUUGAUCGCCGACCUUCUCACAUGCGCCGGCGCUGAUCAUGUCAUUACCAUGGAUCUGCACGACCCCCAGUACCAGGGCUUCUUCGACAUCCCCGUCGACAACCUGUACGGCCGUCACCUCCUCCGCAAGUACAUCCAGUCGAACAUCCCCGACUAUCAGCAAGCCGUCAUUGUCAGUCCUGACGCUGGAGGUGCCAAGCGAGCCACUGCUAUCGCCGACGCGCUGGGCAUGCCCUUCGCCCUCAUCCACAAGGAGCGCCGACCUACACAGAUUAGCGACAGGCAGAACGCAACCAUGAUGCUUGUCGGUGACGUUGCAGACCGCACUGCUAUCCUGAUCGACGACUUGGCAGACACAUCGAAUACCAUCACUCGCGCGGCCAAGCUGGUCAAGAAAGAGGGUGCCUCGCAGGUGUAUGCGCUGAUCACCCACGGCAUCCUCAGCGGAGACGCCAUUGACCGCAUCAACGCGAGUGCGCUGGACAAGGUCGUAGUCACCAACACGGUCGACCAGACCGAGCACAAGUCGAGGUGCCCCAAGCUAGAGGUUCUCGAAGUCGGCAACGUCUUCGCAGAGGCUAUCCGACGCGUCCAUCACGGCGAGAGCAUCAGCGUGUUAUUCGACUACAGCUAGUGGCUGGAAUCGAGCCGGACACGUGCGUCCUCAUUUCGUGAAUAUCUCCUUUCCAACCCCGAAGACGUCCCCGGGCGAUAGAACACAUAUUAGAGUGCGGUGGCGGCAAUUUGGACAGGAUAUCUCCAGAGUCGUUGUUUCUUUCCGUAACAGGCAAAACCACGUUUCGUGCCGUGCCGCUGUUCAUACACCCGCUGAGGAGCGGUAUACUAAGCACCUAGCCUGCAUGCUGCAUAUCCUUUGCACGGACGGCGUUGGGCGGCGUACAUGUUCGAGUGUACAAUCUAAAACUGUAGAUGUGAGAUAUCGUGCCCUGAAUUCCGGCUUCGAGACUUCGAGGCCGGUGAAUCUGCGUU